GCUCGGAUCUCUCGCUGAAGAUGAACGUCCCGAGAACAUGGAAGGGAUGGUCAGCGGCUUCCGGUUCACGUUACCCUAGACGAUGAUGAGAGACGGACGAGGAUCGAGGAUCGAGGCAGGUUCCAUGGGACUGAUGCAGUCGCGCUAGUCUCGGACCAGAGCAGGAAAGGGAAGGGAAGGGAAGGGAGGGGAGGGGAGGGCUCGUGCUGGUGCUUGUGGGAUAUGGCAGAUCGUCGGCUCGGCGAGGUCGAGGUUAAGCUUGAGAUUGAGGUCGAGGUGGAGGUCGAGGGUGGUCCGGAGUGACAGACGCAUCGCGAUGAGCUCCUCGGGUGAUGGCAAGACGCCGUGCCCUCACGAUCACCAACAUGACUUCAAGAAGGAGAUCGAGGAGAGUAUCCGCCGCUGCGAGCAGCUUCUGUCCAUCGACCCGCCCAUCCUGUACCAUGCGACAUGCCUCGAAGGUAAGAACAGCACCGGCAGCAGAAGGAGCUCGAGAUCGUCGGGGAAGACAGGGAGCGGAAUCAGUAGAGCAGAGCCCAGCGCGAUCAGCAGCGGGGAUUAUGAUGAGAGCUCGGGAGAAAUUGAUCCCGAGUGGAGGAAGAACAUGGGCUUGCUCAUCAAUCUACAAGACGGCAACGUCACCACGGUCACGCCCAUAGCAGCGGACGAGGAGGUGGUCAUCGGAACGCCUGUCGACGAGGAAGGCAACCCUCCUGACGAAAGGGUCGAGACGGAAUACAACUUCAGCUUCGACGAAUCGAAGGGCUCGUCGAGAUCGGGCACGGUUCCACAGUCCAUCAGCAUCACGACGAGGACGGUGACGCGUGAGAGCAGAUCCGACAUCACCAGCGAGUCUGAAGACUGGAACUAUGACGCCGUGGGGCCGACUCGCUCCCCGUCUUCCUCCGCCAGUGGCAUGGGCAGCAAGUCCUCGUCCAGAUCCAAAAUCCCGAGCCACUCCUCAUCCAAAUCCAAGCCUCGUUCGCCCGCUUCUUACAAAUCCAAAUCCCCGGGAUCUUCUCCCUCUUCCAGAACCAAAAGCUCCAACACUUUGUCUAAAUCCAAGAGCGGAUCAGGCUCUGCCUCAGUAACGGGGUCAGAGCUCAGUGGGUUACUGCCACCCGACGAUCCUCGUGAUUUAGAUGUGGAAAGCGACAGAUACUCUGAAGCUGCGAGUGGAAGCGUGACGAGGUCAGAGCGGGAGCUAGCACGCGCAAGACAGAGCAGGGAAAGGGAAAGGUCGAAUCUGGAGCUGCUGAGUCGCGCGUCAGGAGGGGAAUUCGAUGAGACGGUUUCUCGAAGAGAAGAGGGAGAUUACGAAGUAGUGACGACGGAAAGAUGUGCAACAUUUCCUCGCCACCGAGGGUCACCAUCGCCUCCUUCCUCUCCACAUUCUUCCAUCUCCAUACGGAAGGGCAUGAGUCCGCCCAAAACCCCGAGGUCCAGAAGCCCAAAGAGCCCCAGAGCCGAGCCAGAACCGAACCGAAUUCUGCUUGAUACCUUGAGCUUCUCCUUCAACACCCCGCAACCGUACACUGACAAUUGGGAGUGGGUCGGAGAGUGCUCCGGCCUCAAGGCAGACAGACAUCGAUUUGAAGGUGCCGUGGUCGAGGAAAACCUCGACAUGGUUAAUGGCAGGCCACCCAAUCGACCGAUGCAAGGAGGGGAUGGCAUGCAGAAGCGAUUCAAGGUCCAUGGCAGAACGAGGGUGGUGAAAGGGACAAUGAGUGAUAGCAGAAAAUCUCCCGGAGCUAUGCGAGGAGGUCGAGUUGGAGGAGGUGGUCAGCUGGGCGCUAACGCCAUAGCAUAUCCAAGUGGAAAGGCCUCGGGUUCAACGGCAAGGUUACGUCAUCUGUCAAAGCCUCGCACCGACCUUUACCAGAAGCUUGCCCACACCAGAGCUCAGCUCGAAGAGGAGCAUAUGUCGGAAUGCUCGUUCAAGCCAAGAGUUGGGAGAAGGCCAGAUCCACAGUCGCAGUAUUCAGCCCCAUUGAUACAUCGAGUUACCGGCAUUGAGAAACGAGUGGAUUUGAGGAAAAGGGCGAGAAAAGUGAUCGAGAAGGAAGAACUGGACCAAUGCUCUUUCUGGCCACAGAUUAAUUCCAACCCUGAGUAUCUGGACUUGAAUCAGUACAAGCCGAUUGAAGAACGUUCCUUGGAGUAUCAGAGAAGGCGAGAGGCCAAAAUUGCCAUGGCGAGAGCUAUGGAAGAUCAGCAGAAAGGACUCACUUUCAGGCCCGAAAUCAAUCCAAAUUCCAUUAAGAUUUUCAAGCAAACAGGUUUGGAGACUAUCAACGUCGCGGACAGACUAACAGCCAUGGGUUCCUUACACAACGACAACAAAAAUGCGGCGGCAAGGACUCUCCCAAAGGAUGAGUGUACCUUCACUCCAGAAAUCAACAGCAACACGGAUCUGAUCAUACGAUCAUCAAAAUUGCUCGAAGGAUGUACUCCUGAUUUCUUCUCGAGGCAGCAGUACUGGCUGCAACGAUUGGAAAUGAGAAAGAAAGCGAAGGAGCAAGAGAUGCAAAAUGAACUGUCUUUCAAACCGAAUAUUGACUCCAAUUCGGAUGCGAUACUGAAGACAUCCCCCAUCCGUGAAAUUUUGGAUCAGCCACUCGAGCAAAGAGUAGAUCGACUUUACCAACGGGACACCGAACGUCGAAAGCAUAUUCGACGGAAAAUUUCUGAAGCAUACUACGCCCAGUUCACUCAUUCGCCAUCAAUCGAUCACACUUCUCGACUGCUGGGCGGUUCUUCGACUGCAUACGAACUUUUCAAGAACGAAAAAGGUCAUAAAACGCGGGAGCGAAUCAAAUCGGUUUUACAGGAUAAUUUCGAGAAGAACCAUCCUUUUCGACCGAAGUUGAUAUCCAACGGGGCACGCAGGCCAAGCGCAGACAAAAUGGAAGAUAUGUUACAUCGGCGUCGACAAUUUCGUCUGGAGAAGGCACGGGUCUUGGAGGAGAUGAAGGUGAUACGAGAGCUUCAAGAAUUCAAAGAAUGCACAUUCAAGCCUCAGGUGAAUAGAGCACCGCCAAAGGAUCAAGAACCAGUGAUGGUCAAAGGCCUGGGAAGAUUUCUGGAGCUUCAGGACUUGGCCAAGCAGAUGAAGAAGGAUCAGGAGGAAUGGGAGAGAAAGAUCUUCUACCAGCAUGUAUACGCGCUGCCGAAGAGACAAUAUACCAUUCCCAAGCCCUUCUCCUUCGCACACAGGCUUACUAAAUCCUACUCCGCCAGGCAGCAGAAAGAGGAACGUCGCACCGGUUGCACGGUCCGCUUCCUAUUCCACAACAAGGUCAAGGAACGAAGUGAGUUCGUGGACUUCUACGAGGCGUCCCAUCCGACGCCCAAGAACCCGAAGUGGAAAGAUGUCACCAGAUGGCUGAAGCCCGAGGACGAUCCACGCUUUAAUCCGGCCGACGUUCAGAACGAUCUCUCGUUUUCAGCGUAGAGUCCGCAGCUCGAGCGACAUGGGGAACAGACUUGUCGGAACCCGGCCUACCGUCAAAUGUAUUAUAACCUGAUUCGUGAAGAAACCGGCCACAUUCGGUUUGCAGUCCGUGCCGUCCUGCGCCUGUACUCUUCUUGCGUGACCGACUCUUCUGCUCCACGGUCCGCACGUCCAAAUGUAUGAUGUCCGUCCACGUUCACCGUCUCCCGCUCCGAGCGGGAACGUACAAAUAAAAUGCUCCUUCUAUUGAGUUUCGCCGAAUUAAUAAAGGUGCAUGAGUUUUCCCGC